AACACAAUGACCUUGAAGUGCGCAGCCACUCCAGGGUAUCGAGGACAUCACUAAAUCGAGGCUUAUUUCGGACCACAUUAGGACGCAUCACUAGUACAAGUGACUUCAGCUGAUUCGAUAAGCAUCUAUUGGGUGAAACUGGAUCUUGACAGAGAUAGCUUCAGUUAGGAUUAACAGAGGCUGUUCAGCCUACUGAUUUUUAUGGUGAAGACUAACAUGGCACUCACUGACGAACACAAUCAGUUUUGAUUUUACUGGUAAUUUCGCUACUUCCAAAAUAUGGAUGGUUGUCUCGAACGAGUGCCAUUUAUUUCCUUGAUUUCCCUUCUCUUGGUGGUAUGCGGGUCAGGAAUCAUGUGCGGAACGAAUUUUGAGGCCUUGAAACGAAUUGAAGAAUUUUUUGAAGACAGGUUUUACCCAAUAAAUGAACCCCAAGUUUUUCGAACAUUAGGUAUCAUGAUCUGUGUUUUUACCAUGGCCUUCAGUAUUGCAAAUGUCAUCGUAGGAGCAAUUACAACUGGUGAUACGCGCUCAAAAGUAUAUUCGGAUAAGCACUGUAUUUUGUGUGGUCAUCGUUCGUCACGGUUUCUCUUAAUUUUGACGUAUCUGGUUACAUUCGUUUGGCUUCUUCUUUUUACCGCUUUGGCUGUACCUGUCUUUCUGUGGGCGAUGAUACACGCUGUUUGCAGAGAAGAGACAGACUACUGGCGAAGCAUGAGUACUGCUAAAGAUGAAAGAGAUUUUACGUAUACAUUCAAUCUCACACAUUAUGGUCUUUAUCGUCGACCAUUAGAUACUAGCUUAUGGAACGAGUAUGUAAAUUCACCAAGCGCAUUUACGCAUCUUUGCCAACAGGUUUCGACUAUUGGACCACUGUUCGCUAGUGCUUUAAUCGGUUCCUUACUAGUUAUUCUUGGCUUGAAUAUAUUUAUAGCUUGUUUGUCAACUGCUUGCGUGCGACUGCAAUAUUUCUUUGAAAUUGAUCGUUAUCGGAAACUAGUCAAUUCAUCGCCUCAAACAGAUCCGACAUGCUUAGAAGAAUAUUCUCUUCAACCUUUGUUACAACAACCGCGAUCUAUUCAGUCUGUUGAUUCGCGUAUGAAAUCAAAUACGUUGCAUUUCUCUCAGGAUAACAUAAAUAUGGUGCAUCCAUUCAUGAAUUCUACGCCAUCUGGUGUGCGUCUUAUAUAUAAUUCUAACAUUUUUAACGACUCACAAAUGUCUCAACAGUAUUAUUCUCACAGACCUGUAAGGCACUCUACUUAUUCGCACCAAUCAGACACUCUGUACACCAACUACUGAAUCUACAAACGUGCAUGCAUCAGAAUUUUUAGGGAAGCCAUUUUAAAUAAACUCCCUAUUUGUUUAGCUUUUGUGUAUAUCAUGCUUGCCUAAUUGGUCUCAACGUUGCGUUUUGUUAAUUCAUAGUAUUUCCCAAUAAUUCCAUUUAAUUAUCCUCAGGUCCUACUUGCAUUCCACAUGUUUAUUUUGUACGCUUGUAUAUAUCUGUUUUUUUUUCAUUAUUUUUACGUAAUCUGCAUUUGCUAUUCGUUUCCAUCUAACAUGAAUUCAUGUAAGAUACCUGUGACAUUUUUGUUUAAGUCCCAUAAUCUGUCUGUUGUGUUCUUUUCGUACCAUGCUUUUCCCCCCUCAGAAACAGUAUAUACUGAUUUAUUUUGUGCACCUUGUUUUAUUAGCUUCUUUUCAGACCAUUACUGUGAAUCAUAAAUGCACCAAUAUUAAGUCUUCUGGCAUACAUUGAAUAUUACUAGGCUUCUCAUUAACAAGUUCACUGUAGGUAAUUGAGUCAUUCAAUGCAAACUAGGUUAUAAAUGAAGAAUUGUUGACUGGUUUAUUUCACAAUUAAAUUUUUAUGCAAGAUACCUUAAUGUAGGUAUGUAGAUCAGUUGAACAAAUCUAAAGACUUGUGUUGGUGCACUGAUAGCUGUCGUCUAGAGUUUCUAGACUUUUGUAAAAUUGGCUUGAAUAUAUUUCUUUUCGAC